CGCACAAUCUUCAAGAGAACCGCGAAUACAAAUUCCGUUCGCUCCCAAUCAAAUUCCAGUACGUACGUGCCGAUUUUUAGUACGCAACAAAAAUCACUCGACAAAUUUCAAACCUUUCAGAGAAGAAUAAACUCUCAACAGAAUGACAUAUCGAACUACCGUGUGGAACCGCCGUCACGACUUUAUACUCCACCGAAGAUCAGUUACUCGGCUUGCGAGCAAUUUUCAUAUUCUACCCCAAAACCAAAUAGCCAACAAUAUUUCUCAAUGUGUAUACCGCAAAAUUUUAGAAGCUCCACAUCAUAUAAUCAUCAAUUGAAUCAGGUCUCGUCGACUUUUUCCCCUCUAAAUAUCUCGAAAUCGUCGUUCACUCACUUAUCGCCACAACCUCCGCUUUUCUCAUCGAAAAAUGUAAGGCCGCAUCGUGCCAUCCAGAUCUCCAGAUCUGGUAAACAGAAUGCUGGAAUGGUGGGUGUAGGUGGAAUCAGCUUUCAAGAGAAUAAUGGUUAUGUCGGAAUUAAGGCGGAUUUGAUUUUAAAUGGUACAAUCGUACAUACGAGUGAUACUUCGUCAACCUCUUCAAGAAAAACCUCUUCAGGACCGCCAGGACGAUCCUUACGAGCUUCAGAAUUUUCAGGAUCUUCGGAAGAACUUUCACAACCCUCAGGACCGUUUGGAUCAUCAAGACUCUCAGAAUUCUCGAAACCCUCAAGAUCUUUAAAAGUCUCAGGAUCCGGAGGAAUUCCUGAAACCAAAAUUCAUCAGCAGUCGGAUCCAAAUACAUACUCGUCAUCCUUCAGCAACCAACAACCACUCGAAAAGCAUGCCUUCCAAGUUAAAAACUCUCAGAAAAGGGACGAAGAAAACUAUACUAUUCGACCAUCAAUCUACACUCCGUUAAAUAUUAAUUUCUCAACAUCUGGACAACCUUUAUCUAUACCAUAUUCAGCAAUAUCGAAUAGUCAACAAUCCUCAAUAUAUGUACCACAAAGUUUUAAUGGUUCUACAUUCUACAAUCCUCAGUCAAAUCAACUUUCGCAACAGGUUCUUUUGCCACUAAAUUGUUCGAAAUCGUCACCGACUUGCGUAACACCGCAAACUCUAAUAUUCUCAUUGCCUGGUCCAAAAUCGUCUCAGUCGGCCUCCAAGGCUGGCAAACAAUUGGUUAUUACGAAACCAACCGAUGAAAUUUCGGAUACUGAAAAUGUAAAUGUUGUUAGAUUUAGCGCGGACGCUUUUGUAAAUCCUAAUAUCCAGAUUGCAACGGGUAGCCAUGCCUUAGAACUUUUAAGCCAGUCUUCAAGACCUUUACAAUUCUCGGGACUCUCAAGCACCUCACAAUUCUUAGGACCUUCAGCACCAGGAUCCACAUUAGGAUCCUCAGGAUUCACAGAAUUUUUAAGACCUUCAGUAUCGUCAAAACCAUUAGGAUUAACAGGAGUUUCAAGACCCUCAGAAUCUUCAGGAUUGUUAAGACCGUUAGAAGUUCCUUCAGUAUUCCCAGAAUCCUCAGGAUUCCUAGGAUUCUCAAAACCUUUAAAUUUCUCAGGACUCGCAGGAUCUGUAGGAUUAUUCGAAUCCUCAGGACCUUCAUUUCCACCCUUGACAGUUACUAGACCAUUGUCUCCUUCUACUACGCAAAGUAAAGUUGGCAUAGGUACUGUUUCUAAUGUACCAACUGCACACGCAAAUUCUCGAAUUCCUGAAACUAAUUUUUUCUCAAGUACUGACAUUGGAGAAACUCAAACUGACAAUGAUUUCAAUCAUCCUCCCCAUAUUCAUAGCAUUAAUGUCGAGUGCAGUAAGACAAUGAUGACGAUCAAUAUUGAAUUUAAUCGUGUUUUCGACGGCAUUAUUUAUUCUAAGGGAUAUUAUUUAAACCCAGAAUGUGUCUACGUAAAACAGAAUUCUGGCUCAGCGCGGUACUCUUUCACUGUAAAUCUAGACUCUUGCGGUACUCAAUUCCUCAACGAUUUCGCAAGUCCUGCUGGUCAAGCGUAUUUGGAAAAUGUUCUCGUAUUACAAAAUGAACCGAGUAUACAAGAAGUCUGGGAUACAGUUCGAAGAGUACGAUGUCUCUGGGAAGGAAACAUCAAUAAAGCUUUAAGGAUGAAUCUUUCAGUAGAUAUAUUAAACCAGGAGAUCAUUGCCUUUAAUGGUGAUACUGCGACAACAAAACUGGAUAUUCAAAUUGGUAGAGGACCUUUUGCACCUACAGCUAAUGGACUCGUACAAAUUGGAGAAACAAUGACUUUGGUAAUCUCUGUGGAAGGCGAUCCUGAUUUCGAUCUUCAGGUGCGUGAUUGCUCGGCGCGAGACGAAGCCUCAACCAAUAUGUUGCAGCUCACCGACGAAAGAGGCUGCACUUUAAAACCGAAACUGUUUGGUGCCUUUCAAAAGACAAAGGAUACCGCCAAUACAGGCGCUUCUAUUAUUGCUUAUGCAUUCUUCCAAGCCUUCAAAUUCCCUGAUGUUUUGGGUCUAAUCAUCGAAUGUAAUGUUGAAUUAUGUAAAACUAAUUGUGUACCUUGUCCGGAAGCAAAUCAACAAAUCGAACCAGGCAGACGUCGUCGAUCGUUAAUGUAUGCACCACUUUCGAAUAACUUGACGAAUUCGAUACCAUUGUCGGAUGCGGUUCGUGUUGGACGACGUUUCAAAGUAAUCAUGGUAGAUGAUUUAAACACAGCAACCAAUCAAAUCCUAGAUAAUGUGGAAGAAACAGCUGUUGAAGCAAUGGCAAAAGCGAAAGGAGUAUGCAUGAAUAACAAUGGAUUUUAUACAAUCUUCUCUCUUACAUUGGCAAUACUUUUUAUCGCAAUUCUAAGCGCAGUUGUGCUAUAUAUAAAAUUACAACGAAUUCGCAAAUCGAAAUUCAUAGAUUCUUAA